AUGAAAUUCUCUGCAUCACCCGUUGUGCUUGUUGCUGUUCAGUGCAAGAUUGCUUCUGACCUCCCCAAGCUUGUCGAGGAUUUAAAACGUUUGGCUAAGUCCGAUCCUAUGGUUGUCUGUUCAAUUGCAGAGUCCGGCAAGCAUGUUAUCGCUGGUGCUGGAGAACUUCACCUUGAGAUCUGCUUGAAGGACUUGCAGGAGGAUUUCAUGGGUGGUGCUGAAAUUGUUAAAUCCGAUCCAGUUGUGUCAUUCCGUGAGACAGUUCUUGAGGUACCCCUCUUUACAACAUCAAGGCAUACCUUCCUGUCGUUGAGUCAUUUGGGUUCUCGAGUACCUUCAGAGCUGCUACCUCGGAUUCGGCUUUCCCUCAAUGCGUGUUAG